CCGGCGGGAUUCGUUUCUAUACGGCGUCCUAUUUAGAGACACCGUUUCACUUCCUGUUAGGGUUUGCGAACGUACACACAGAUGAUAAUCAAUUUUAGCCGUUACUGGUCAUCAAAUAUCAAUGUAGCGUAAACACUCACUAACAAAAAUGAUUCCUUACACUGUCAAUAUCAAACUUGCUGCUCGGACAUUGACUGGCACUCUCGAUUUGCAGAAUAAAACCGCUGUAGAUUGGGGUUGGCAGGGGCUGAUAGCCCAGGGGUGUCACUCCAGUAUUCUCAUCAUUGAUCCAAAGACAACCCAGACUAUCCAGGUUCUGGAGAGACACAAAACCAAUGUGGUUAAGGUGAAAUGGUCCAUAGAAAACUACUACCACAACUUGAGUUCACCCUACUGCUUGAGGCUGGCUUCAGGAGAUGCCUCAGGGAAGAUUAUAGUGUGGGAUGUGGUCAGUGGCACUGCCCAUUGUGAGAUCCAGGAGCACUCCAAACCUAUCCAAGACUUGGAGUGGUUGUGGAAUCAGGAUGCAUCUCGCGAUCUGCUGUUAGCUGUCCACCCUCCCAACUAUAUUGUCCUGUGGAACGGAGACACCGGCACCAAGCUGUGGAAGAAGAGCUACGCUGAGAACAUCCUGUCCUUUUCUUUUGACCCCUUUGACUCGUCCAACAUGGCAUUAUUGACCAGUGAAGGAAUAGUCUUUAUCACAGACUUUUCCCACAACAAACCACCUAGCAGCGCUGGCAAAAAGGUAUACAUCGCCAGCCCUCAUGCAAGCCCCGCCCACACCAAACCUGUGCCUGCUGCUGCCCCAGCCUUGGCCCCUACAGGAGCCAAGAAGGCCCUCAACAAGGUCAAAGUGCUCAUCACCAAUGAAAAACCUACUGCAGAGGCAGUGACACUGAAUGACUGUCUGCAGCUGUCCUACCUGCCAUCCAAGAGGAACCACAUGCUGCUGCUUUAUCCCAGAGAGAUCCUUAUCCUGGAUCUGGAGCUCAGCCAGACAGUGGGCGUGGUGGCAAUCGAACGCUCAGGGGUGCCCUUCAUUCAGGUGAUUCCCUGUGCUCAGCGGGAUGCCCUCUACUGUCUCCACGAAAACGGGUGCAUCACCUUUCGAGUGUGUCGCUCUACUAAUGCUCCAGACGAAGUGGCAGACCCAGAGCAGGGUGUCCAGGAGCUUGUGUACGACCUGCGUUCUCAGUGCGAUGCCAUCCGAGUCACCAAAACAGUCCGGCCUUAUCGCAUGGUUAUCUGCCCCGUCAAUGAAAACAACGCUGCUCUCAUGGUCAGCGAUGGCAGAGCCAUGCUGUGGGAGCUUAAAGCACACACCGGCAAGGCUGCUGCCAAUCCGAGUUCGGGUCUGUCGCCUCUCUACUCUCCCUUGUCAUUCUGUGGAGCUCCAUUGGGUUCAAACCAGAAGAGGAUUCAGGAUCUCUCCCUCAACAACAUGAUCGAUCUAGGUCAGACAUUGAUAGGUGGUGAGGCUCCUCCUCCAUCAUCCAACCAGCAAGAGGUCCAGCUGAACAUCCGCAUGUGUCCACCUCUUACCACCAAAAAUAUCAAUCACUACCAACCCCUGUUGGCUGUGGGAACCAGUACUGGGUCAGUACUGGUCUAUAACCUGACCAGUGGUGUUCUCCAUAAAGAACUCAGUGUCCACUCUUGUGAAGUCAGGGGAAUUGAAUGGGUGAGUCUUACCAGUUUCCUGUCUUUUGCCACUUCUGCUCCCAACAACAUGGGCUUGGUGCGAAAUGAACUGCAGCAUGUCGACCUGCCUACUGGGAGAUGUUUUGCAUUCAGAGGUGAUCGAGGAAACGAUGAGCCACCUAUUGAGAUGAUUAAAGUGUCCCAUCUCAAGCAGUACCUGGUGGUGGUGUUCAGAGACAAACCCCUGGAGCUGUGGGACACCAGGACGGGGACACUUCUCCGAGAGAUGGCUAAGAACUUUCCUACUGUUACUGCACUGGAGUGGUCCCCAUCCCACAACCUGAAGAGUCUAAAGAAGAAGCAGAUGGCAGCGAGGGAGGCAAUGGCACGACAGACAGUGUCAGAUGCUGAGCAGAGUAGUGUUGAAUCCUCAGUCAUCAGCCUCCUGCAGGAUGCAGAAAGCAAGUCAGAGACCAGCCAGGCCAUCUCAGCAAGGGAGCAUUUUGUAUUCACUGACACAGAUGGGCAGGUCUACCAUAUCACUGUAGAGGGCAACACAGUCAAAGAUGGUGCACGGAUUCCCCCUGAUGGUAGUAUGGGCAGUAUUGCCUGCAUUGCUUGGAAAGGUGACACUCUGGUGCUUGGAGAUGUAGAUGGCAAUCUCAACUUCUGGGACCUCAAAGCUCGUUUGUCCAGGGGAAUACCAACACAUCGUGGCUGGGUGAAGAAGAUUCGCUUUGCCCCAGGGAAGGGCAACCAAAAGCUGCUGGUCAUGUACACGGACGGAGCAGAGGUCUGGGACACCAAAGAGGUCCAAAUGGUCAGCAGUAUGCGGAUCGGUCGCAGCAUGAACUACCGCAUCCUAGACAUUGACUGGUGCACAUCAGAUAAAGUUGUACUGGCCUCAGACGAUGGCUGUAUCCGAGUGCUGGAGAUGGCCAUGACGUCUGCAAGCUACCGCAUGGAUGAACAAGACCUAACUGAUCCAGUGUGGUGUCCUUGCCUGCUGGUGCCCCGAGCUGCUCUCACUCUCAAGGCUUUCCUCUUACUGCAGCCCUGGUCAGGAACGUUCACCAUGGACAUCACUCAAGUAGACUACAAUGAGAAAGACGAGAUAAAAGGCCUCAUCCAGGAGCAGCUCAACUCCUUGUCUAAUGAUAUGAAGAGCGUGCUACAAGACCCAGAGCUCAGUCUGCUGCAGCGCUGUCUCCUGGUUUCACGGCUGUUCGGGGAUGAGUCAGACCUUCACUUUUGGACAGUGGCGUCCCACUAUCUUCAGUCAUUUGCACAGGCUCGUCAGCUAAACGUGUCUACUGCAGAGGGUCAGGCCCAAAGCGAAGGAACCCAGCCAUCAUCUCAGAGCCACCUGGACAUCUGUCAUGACAUCCUGUGUGAGAGCUCUUAUUUCCAGAAGUUCCAGUUGGAUCGGGUUCAUCUGCAGGAGGUGAAGCGCUCAAGUUAUGAACACACUAAGAAAUGUGCUGACCAGCUCCUCCUGCUGGGUCAGACGGACAGGGCAGUGCAAUUACUGUUGGAGACGAGUGCAGACAACCCCAGCUAUUACUGUGAUUCACUCAAGGCCUGCCUAGUGACAACCAUCACCUCCUCAGGCCCCUCACAGUCCACCAUCAAGCUAGUGGCCACCAACAUGAUUGCUAAUGGCAAGCUAGCAGAGGGAGUACAGCUGUUGUGUUUGAUUGACAAGGCUGCGGAUGCUUGCCGCUACUUGCAGACCUACGGAGAGUGGAACCGAGCUGCCUGGCUGGCCAAGGUGCGACUCAACCCAGCAGAGAGCUCAGAUGUGCUGAAGCGCUGGGCAGAGCACCUGUGCUCACCCCAGGUCAACCAAAAAUCCAAAGCCAUCCUGGUGCUGCUCUCCCUGGGCUGCUUCCACAAAGUAGGAGAGAUGCUCCACAGUAUGAGGCACUUUGAUCGCGCCGCCCUCUUCAUCGAAGCCUGUCUGAAGUAUGGAGUGAUGGAGGCUAGCGAUUCUUCCAAUAAACUUAUCGAGGCUGCUUUUUUGGACUAUGCACGGCUGCUACGCACACUGGGCCUGCGGGAAGGCGCUGCUCUGUGGGCAUCGCGAGCGCCGGCAGCGCUGGGCAGCAGCUGAUGGAGGAGCUGUUCCAGGGAGAGGGAGGUGUGCCAGAAGCCAUUCUUAGCGAAGAGGAAGUUGAGAUGGGCUUGGAGAGCACAGAGUAAUCUUGAAGAUGUGGGGUUUGUAAGAACAGAUGGCAUAACUGUUUAAUGUAAAUCAGUAAGGUAACAUUUGUGAAUUAACUUUGUGUCAGCACCAAGAAGAAUCAUUGUCAUCUCCACAACAAGAAAAAAAGAGGAGAUGUGAGGAGUUUCCUCAAGUUUAAGUUGUCUGUCACUGACGUCUGCCUGUAUCUGAUUCUGCAUUCUCCUGAUAUCAGACUGUAUUUCUGUUCAUUAAUGAGUUUAAAUAUUUUAUUUCUUAAUGGUUGUUUGUUAAGCUUUAGUUUGGGUGCCUGUUUUAAUGAUGUCAAAGCACUGGUGUCGCUCCACAGGUUUCAUUUCUCUUU